CCGCCGAGAUGGAAACCCUCACGUCGAAUUCGUAACAAAAAUUUUAUUAGAAAAACCCGAGCAAUCGUCCCAUACAAGCCAUUUCGAUUCCAUCAAUUACAAGGGAUGUUUUAAAACUGAUCUUUACGAUAACUAAAUUGAGGGUGAUCUUCGGAAAAACUUUUGUGCCGAUAAUCAGUUUCCCGAAUCUCGUCUUCCAAUAAACUCUACCAUCCAGAAGCAUCGUCAAGAUGCAAAAAUUAGGAAGCAUACAUCUUCCACCGGUUAGCGCGGCUGUUAACGUAGCCUGGCAAACACUUAGACAGCAAAUGCCAGAUAAAGUGGGGGCAUCCAAAGGGGAGAAACAUUCCGAAAGGGUUCAUUUUGCACAGACUAAUCAUACCGGUCCAGGUAACGAACACCAUGAAUUAAGUAGCAUGGGGAAUACAUCCCAAUGGAGUCCAACCGAACCUUCUAUGCAAGCUGAAGACAGUUUUAAUCAAGGAUAUCAAAGAAGCGCUAGCAUGGGAAAGCAACAAUCUACGUCUUCCAUGGAUUUUUCUGAGGAUGAUUUCGUUGAAGGUAGAAGUGAAAUCAAGAUUAACGAAUAUCAAGCUGCUUGGAAUGUUACUAAUGCUAUUCAGGGAAUGUUUAUAGUUUCUCUUCCAUUCGCUGUUCUUCGCGGUGGUUAUUGGGCAAUAGCAGCAAUGGUUGGAAUAGCCUACAUUUGUUGUUACACUGGAAAAAUUCUCGUUGAAUGCUUGUAUGAACUUGAUUUGCAAACGGGUCAACAAGUUCGUGUUAGAGAUUCUUAUGUGAGCAUAGCAAAAGAAUGUUUUGGUAAAAAAUACGGUUCCAGAAUGGUUAAUAUUGCUCAAAUAAUUGAACUUUUAAUGACCUGCAUUUUGUAUGUGGUUGUUUGUGGUGAUUUAAUGAUUGGAUCCUAUCCAGAUGGUGCCAUAGACACACGAUCGUGGAUGAUGUUAGUGGGAAUUUUCUUGUUACCUUUAGCAUUUUUGAAGUCAUUAAAAAGCGUUAGCGUGUUAUCGUUUUGGUGCACAAUGUCCCAUAUCUUAAUAAACGCAAUAAUCAUGGGAUAUUGUCUUUUGGAAAUCGGUGACUGGGGAUGGAGUAAAGUGAAAUGGUCGGUUGACCUAGAAAAUUUUCCGAUAAGUCUUGGAGUAAUUGUAUUUUCUUAUACCUCGCAAAUUUUUUUGCCAACUUUAGAGGGAAACAUGGAAGAUCCAACAAAGUUUCAAUGGAUGUUGGAUUGGUCGCAUGUAUGGGCGGCGGUUUUUAAAUCGGUUUUCGGUUACGUUUGCUUUUUAACGUUUCAAUUAGACACCCAACAAGUAAUCACCAACAAUCUCCAUUCGAGAGGUUUUAAAGGGUUGGUCAAUUUUUGUCUUGUGGUUAAAGCAUUGUUGAGUUAUCCCCUUCCUUAUUACGCUGCUUGUGAGCUUUUGGAGAGGGCGUUUUUUAAGGGGCGACCAAAAACUAUUUUCCCAUCGAUUUGGGCUUUAGAUGGCGAAUUAAAAGUUUGGGGUUUAGCUUGGCGGGUUGGUGUCGUCGUUUUUACCAUUUUAAUGGCAUGUUUUAUACCGCAUUUUCAAAUUUUAAUGGGAUUCAUUGGUAGUUUCACCGGAACUAUGUUAAGUUUUAUUUGGCCCUGUUAUUUUCAUUUGAAAUUAAAACGUGAAGGUAUGGAUAUGCAAACUAUCGCUUUUGAUUAUUUUAUAAUCGGUUUGGGUGUUUUGUUUGGGGUUAUCGGUAUUUAUGAUUCAGGAAAUGCUUUAAUUAAAGCGUUUAAAAUUGGGUUACCGUUUUAAAAGAAGAAAAUACCAAAAAGUGGUUAGCUUUCGUGUUUGUCAAUUCGCUUGCUUAAUUAUCGAUUAGUUAUUUAUACAUUUAUUCAUGCCUAGUCUCAAAGUUACAAUGUCUUCCAACAAAAUAUAGUAUUUAAGGGGUUAAACACACUCGACAAUAAAAGAAACAGAACAUGAAAUUAAUAGAAGUGUUUGUCAACGAAGUCUUCCAAAAAAAGAAAUUUUAAAUGCCUUUAUGGAUAACAUAAUACAUAUUUUUGUUAUAUGUAUUGUUUAUAGUAAGUAAAAAUGAGCAAUUCAAGCAUGUCUUCCAUAAGGUACAAUUAUUAAUAUAAGAUUGUAAUAAAAGAACGUUGUACCAGUUUUCAAUUGUGAAUUGUUACGUAAUCGUAUAAUAGAUUUAACGGUACAAAACAUAUCAUUUUUCUUCUUUUUUUUGGUUUAUAAGAUUUUACAGCAGAUUUAGCACAACUUUGUCUUAGAAAAGAGUUCGAUUAUGGUUUGUACCAAAAAUUACUGAAUAAACCACGUCUUCCAAAUAACAAAAAUGGUUCUAUACAUAACUUAAAUAUCGUUGUAAAAUGUAAAUGAUCAAUUAAGUAUUUAAAUAUUUCUACAUCUUGUAGAUUUAUAUUCAUCUAUACAAUACUUGUUAGACUUAUAUUGUUAUAAAAAAAGCGGUUGUUAUUGAAUGUGUACACAAAUCAUAUUCAUUAUUCUCUAUAACUAAAUAUUAAUAUUAUUCUAUGUACAAAAAUAUAAAUUUUCAAACAUCUUAAAUUUGGCUGGGUUACGUUACAGGAUGAAUAGACUAGAUAAACACACGACGUUGAUUUUCACAUUUUAUACAUAUCACUAAAGUUUGUAGAAAUAGCGUUUAGAUUUAUUGUUAGACGAUGUAUCAUUAUUAGAUGUUGAUGCUGUAAAAUCGUGCAAUUAAAAAUUCAAUAGAAACUCAA